GUGAUAACGACAGAUGUCUCACAAACCGUGGCUUUAACAGGAGGGGUGAAAGGAGAAAAAACGCCCAGUCGCGGAUUGGACCUGAGGGAGAGAGCAGGACCGGCGCUUGCUGAAUCACAUUCACUACUACGGGAGGAGACAAAAAAGUACAUCCAGCGCUCUCUAUCGCACGGAUUUCCACAAAAGCGGAGUAGCAGGACAUCAUGGGAGGCAAGCUAAGCAAACGGAAGAAGGGAUACAAUGUCAGUGACCCUAAAGAGAAAAAAGAGGAGAAUGCUGUGGAGUCAGUUGAACCAGCUGAGAAGAAGGCUGAGACCCCUGUGACUGAGGCGGAGGCUGCACCACAGGAGGCUGCUGCAGUAAAUGCAGUGGAAUCUGAAGCACCAGAUGAAAAGACUGCCUCUCCUUCAGGAGAACAAGGAGAGGUGAAAAAGGAUGAUGCUACACCAGAAGAACCAGUGGCAACAACAGAGACAUCUAGUCCAGCACCCGAGGAACCAGCAAGUGCUCCAGAAUCACAGUCAGCAGAGGUACCAGCAUCUGCAGCAGAGGCAGCGGCAGUAGAGACAACAGCUGCUACACAAGUGACCCCAUCAGCAGAGGUAAUAGCAGCUGUUGAGGAGAAAGCAGCAGCUGCACCAGAACCAGCUGCAGUAGCUGUGCCAGAGCCUGCAGCGGCACCUAAAGAACCAGCAGCCGAGGAGCCUACAGCUGCACCAGAGUCGCCUGUUAAAAAACCUGAAGAACCAGCAGCUGCACAAGUAGUGGAGGAACCUGCAGUUACAGUACUAGAGUCACCAGUGACAGAGAAACCAGUGGUUGCAGCAGAAGAACCAGUUGCUGCUCCAAAGACACCAGUUAAAGAAGAGCCUCCAGUUACACAUGAAGAACUAGCAGCUGAGCCAGUAAAACCAGUUGCAGAGGAACCUGUAACACUUUCUGAGAUUCCAUCAGCAGUGGACAAGACACCUGCAGCUGCACCUGAAGAAGACACAGUCGCCCCAGAGGCUGAGGAAUCUGCAGCUGCACCUGAGGAUGCUGCACAAGAGCCUGCUGCACAUGAGCCCGAGGAGCCUCCGCUGUCACCCCAACUUGCAGCUUCACCAGUGGAACCAGUCUCAGAGGAAGUAGCAGAGAAAGUUGUUGACGAGGUUGUAAAUGCCAGUGUGAGUGAAUUGUCCACCGAAAUUACAGAAACCACUGAGGUCACACCAGAGCAGGAGACUGUCACUGAGGUUGCUGAUCCAGAGCCAGUCAUAGAGUCUGCCCCAGUACCUGAACCUAUUUCUGAGGCACUGAGCACAGCAGAAGUCGAGAUUGCUGUUUCCUCCCCAGUAGAACCAACAACGGUCACAACUGAAUCUGAAAUAGCAGCACCUCCCGAAUUCACACUGACACCAGCAAAUCCAGAACCAUCCCCAGAGGAACCUAUGCCAGAGGAAAAAUGUGCAUUGGACUCCAUCCCGGCAAUCGUCAUCUUAGAAUCAACCUCCACCAAUGAUCUCUGUCUUGAGGAGAGUUCCCCGGAAGUUACAGAUAAGAAGCUGAAUAAUGGAGACUGUGAGAGUGCUGGCUCAGCAGAGGAGACUGUGUCAGCUCCCACUGAGGUAAAUGGGGACUGCCAUAAGGAGACAGAAGACGUAGCUCCUGCGGAUGUCCUCGAGUCCCCGGUUGAGGCUUGUGUAAAUGGCGUGAAGGACAAAGAACCGCCUCAAGAGCUGAGUGACUGUGAACUGAAAAAGGACUUGAGUUUGGCUGCUGACUUUCAAGUACCAGCUCCAGUUGGUGAUAUGGUAGAGGUGCCUCAGUGAACCAGCUGAACUGUCGACCUAAUCUGAGAAACGAACCUUAAAUGUGAAUCCCAUAUUGAUGCAAACGAACAAACGAAACAAUCAUCUGACAACAGGCUUUCUGAAAAUUAAUGUGAAAAAUGCCUGUUGUGCUCUCUCAGGCAAAGGGAUUUCUGGUUAACCAAAAAGAAAUGCAACCACCCAAGAGCUAAGAGUGUGAGAAACAAAGAAAGAAUGAAGUAGUGAGGGUGAAAAGCCUAAAAGGAAAUGGGAGGGAGAGAGUGAGAGAGAGCGCGAGAGAAGGAGCGGAUGGUCUUUGAAGUCUUUGUGGCCAGUGUCCUGCUGUCAAUGCGGAGGGUGAGCUUGAAGGCCCGGUUGAAUAUGUAAGCCAGAGAGAUGAUUACAUGUGAACCUUAAAAAAAAUACAAAUGUAAAAGAUGUCAGAACAAAAAUGCUGGACAGUAACAACGGUAGAAAUGAACUGAAUGAACAAACCCAUCUUUUUGUGUAAGCCUGAUGCAUAUUGAAAUGGUUUUCUGGCUUAGCAUUUAAUAGCAUAUAAUCUAAUUUAGACCAUAUUUCUGUCACUAUGUAAUAUGGAGAUGUGAGGAUGAAGCAUUUUGAACUUUUCAUGUUGGGAGAAUGAGUGUGGAAUGUUCCUUUUAACUUAAUGGCUUGGCUUAGAAAAUAAAACACUCUGUUAUACCUUAAAAA